AUGGCAGAUAACUCUCGUCGAUCUCAACUGUCGAGUCGAACCAUCCAAAUUAACUUGGUUCAAGCCAAGGUCCACCAGCAGGAAUUGGAGUCGUGUAUCAAAUCGAAUUUCGACAAUUCCUUCGAGUAUUCAUCCUUACGAACAUGGUUCAAGGAUGCGUUGAUCGAAAAAAUACCCGAGCCACUCCUACAGUUCCUAGGGGCUUCCCAGUGGUAUCCCGGACGUGUCCUUGUUGGAUAUGUCAAGUCAAAAGAAGGAGGACGCCUCUGGGCCUGCGUGUUGAGAGAAUCUUCAACCAGAGAAGGUGCACAAGUGCAGUAUUUCUUGGAUACCAAUUCCGGUUACAAACGCUACCAGCUUACGAAAGAUGGUCUAAACAUCCAAUACCAACCUUGGGUUCUAGGGCCGACACAUGAUACAGAAAAGUUCAAGCGCGACAUGAGGUCCCUCAUCAUUCAGGCUUUGCUUCUGGGCGACCGCUUCGAUGCGUCAGUUGUACCUCCGAAUCUCAACUCCCAGCCAUACAAAGCGGUUCUCGCUCUGUUCCAACAGAUCAGUGCCAACUUAAAGAAGAGGUCACCGAAGGAAAGUUCUAUCGGCAAUGUGAAGAGAAUUAGAGUAUUCAACAAACCAAUUUCUUUAUGGCGAUCUCCUUCCAAGUCUCCAGCUCGAUCUCCAUCUCAGUCAUCUCCAACGUCAGCAGAUGGCUCACCCAAUCCUACACCUACGCCUCAGACACUACUUCGAGAGAAGCGACGAGUGGGUAAAGAUGUCGCUCCAACAAGUGUUGCUAAGAAGCCACGGCUGGAUAACUUCAACGUGAUCGAUCUUCUCAAAACUCAGAAAGCUUCAGAAGAAGAUGAACUGCGGACCCUUAAGGCUCAGCUUGAGGAGAAGGAGCUUAGCGUCGUGAGGCUCACUGAUGCCGCGAGAUCAGCAGCAGAAGAGAAGAACAAAGUUCGAGAGAAGCUCGAGAUCCUCACAAACGAGAACACUCGACUCAUAGACCGAAACAAGGCGCUCGAAGAUCAGAACACAGCAAUCAAGACUCGAGACUCGAUCCUCAAAGCUGACAUAGAGGCGCUCAAAUCUCAUCAAGAGCGUGAGGAAAAGCACAAACAAGCCUACGUCCGACAAAACGAGACAUACCGAGCUGCGAUCAGCCUCCACCGCAAAGACAAAUUUGUUCUCAUCCAAGCACCCAUGAAGCAACUUAUGAAAGAGGAGGGACUCAGCGAAGAGAAAGCAAAAGAGAGGGCUGAAGUUUGGUACGAAGACAGGUAUGAGGUUGCUAUCGAGCCGCUGCUGCUAGCUGCCCAGCAGGAUGCAGUGGAGACUGUCGGAGGUUUGAGUUGA